AUGUCUUCCAAAGCAAGAUCUCCACCCGCCACGAGCGGAAACGAUCCACCGCAAAACAAAAAAACGAAGCCUUCAUCGCCUGAGACAGAACAGACCUCAAUAUCCAUCUCUUCACUACCCGAUGAUCUGCUUCUAAACUGCUUAGCACGCGUCUCUAGACUGUACUAUCACAUUCUCUCCCGCGUCUCCAAACGUUUCAGAUCCAUCAUUGCUUCACCGGAGCUUUACGCAACCCGAUCGCGCCUGAACCGUACUGAGAAGUGUCUCUACCUUUACCUAAGCUUCCGUCGUGAUCCUGAAGCAUAUUUGUUCACUCUAACCCGCCUUCCUAGUCGUAACGAGUCAUGUGGCUACUCUUUGGAGACAGUUCCAUCUCCAAAAUCUCUGCUACAUGCGGAGUCGUCGACUCUUGUAGCCGUUGGAUCUGAUAUCUACAAGAUCGGUGGCGGUCAUAAUUUCAAAUGCAAAUUCUGGAAGCGGGACUACUCUUCAAGUGUCUCUGUUCUUGAUUGUCGCACUCACACGUGGCGCCAGGCUCCGAGCAUGGGAGUGGAGCGGGACUCAUCCUCCACAGCGACAUUGUUUGAUGGGAAGAUAUAUGUAGGCGGAGGCUGUGAUGAAAAAUACUUCAGUACCCUCAAAUUUAUGGAAGUGUUUGAUUUAGAGACACAAACUUGGGGUUUUGGAUUGAGGGACCCUUGUGUUUUCAGGUGGAGCGAGGAUUAUAGGGUUAAGCCCUUUGUAAAAAGCUUUGUGCUUGAAGGGAAACUCUACAUUUUCGGGGAUAAUGGUUCGGUGUACAACCCCGAGGAUAAUAGAUGGUGGGAUUUAGGAUGGGAUAAUGUUCGUAUGUCUUGGGCAGCAAGAGAGUGUCAUUGCGUGAUAGACCAUGUCUUGUAUUGCUGGGAUAAGACAUUCAAAUGGUAUGAUUUUAAGACAGAUAUAUUGAAGGAAGUGAAUGGUAUUGAAGGUUUGCCUGAUCUUGGAGAGAAAUGUAAAAAGGCAAUGGUGGAUCUUGGUGGAAAGAUGGGGUUUUUGUGGAAUGAAGAUCUGGAUAAUGGGGAGUACUGUAGGAUCUGGUGUGCUGAGAUUAGGCUUGAAAAGCGCAGUGCAGAUGAGAUUUGGGGCAAGGUUGAGUGGUUUGAUUCCCUUCUUAGAACCUACCCGUCUUGUUCCAUGUUGGAUGUUGUUUCUGUUUCUGUUUAG